AUGGAAAGAACAUCAUCUUCCUCUUCAAAGGAAGGAUACAACAGAGUAGCAUGGACUGCUCUUGAAGACAAAAUGCUCAUGGAUUAUGUCUCCAUACAUGGUGAAGGGAAAUUGGAUAGGGUUGCCAAAAAAAAAGGUCUAAAGAAAUGUGGAAAGAGCUGCAGGUUUCGUUGGUUGAAGUACCUGAGACCUGGAAUAAAGAGAGGGAACUUCUCAGAAGAUGAAGAAGAACUCAUUAUCAGGCUCCACAAGCUCUUAGGCAACAGAUGGUCUCUAAUAGCAGGAAGACUUCUAGGUAGAACAGACAACGAAAUAAAGAAUCAUUGGAACACUAAUUUAGCUAAGAAGGCGAAAGUGUUGCAAUACCCCUUGCCUAAACUUGACAAGCAAAAACAACAACAACCUACAUCUUCAAUCACAGCUGAAACCCAGAAACAAGAUAUACUCAACUAG